UGUCCAAAAGAAAAAAAAAGUGAGAUAAAGAACUCUCUCCCGGAGCAUUUCAGCCUGCACUCAGAGGCUUUCAGAGGGGGAGAAGGAGCUGAGAAGAGGCAUUAAAACAGCGAAAUAAAGGGAAAUAAAAGAUGCCCCGGGGCCGAAGGCCGACCUGGCUGGAAGCUCUGGGGGUCCGACACGUGGACUUCUCCUGCUCUAUGCUCUAGGAAUUUAAAUCACCGUCUGUUGACUUUAGAACCACGGAGACCAUGCUGCCCUCGCUCACCUUCCUGCUGGUGGUUUUAAAGAUUAGCGUAGUCAGCGCCACAGCACAACAGCUUGGGAACUGUCGGCCAGGAAGCCGGACUUCCAUUUGUGCAGGUCCUGAACCCUUCCUAAUUUUCUCACAUGGAAAGAGCAUCUCUCGGAUUGACCCAGAAGGAACAAAUGAGCAGCAGUUGGUGGCAGAUGCCGGCAUCUCGGUGGUCAUGGAUUUUCAUUACAAGGAGGAGAGACUCUAUUGGGUGGAUUUAGAAAGACGGCUUUUGCAAAGAGUUUUCCUUAAUGGGUCAAGGCAAGAGGCAGUGUGCAGUGUGGAGAAGAAUAUUUCUGGGAUGGCCAUAAACUGGGUAGAUGAGGAGCUGCUCUGGGCAGAUGAGCAGGAAGGGGUCAUCACUGUAACAGAUAUGAGAGGGAACAAUUCCCGAGUUCUCCUGGGUUCCUUAAAGCGGCCGGCAAAUAUAGCAGUGGAUCCAAUCGAGAGGUUGAUAUUUUGGUCUUCAGAGGUGCCCGGCCGCCUUCACAGAGCAGAUCUGGGCGGUGUGUAUGGGAGAACACUGCUGGAGAUGCCAGAGAAGAUAUCGGUACUGACUCUGGAUAUCCUUGACAAACGGCUGUUUUGGGUUCAGGACAGUGGAGAAGGAAGCCAUACUCACGUUCGUUCCUGUGAUUACAACGGUGGCUCCCUCCAUCUUAUCAGACAUCAAAUCCAGCACAGUUUGUUUGCAAUGGCUCUUUUUGGUGACCGUAUCUUCUAUUCAACAUUGAAAAAGAAGGCAAUCUGGAUAGCCGACAAGCACACCGGAAAGGACAUGGUUAGAAUUAACCUCAACGCAUCCUUUGUGCUGCCGGGAGGACUCAAAGUAGUGAAUCCGCGUGUACAGCCCCAGAGAGAGGACAGAGCUCAGGCCUCUGACUCGGAACUUUGCAAACAGAGGAGAGGACAAUGUCGCCACAGCCUGUGUGAGCGGGACCCCAAGUCCCAAGCGUGCGCAUGCGCCGAGGGCUACACCUUGAGCCGGGACCGGAAGUCCUGCGAAGAUGUGAACGAGUGUGCCUUUCAGAACCAUGGCUGUACUCUUGGGUGUGAAAACACCCCCGGAUCCUAUUACUGCACAUGUCCUGCAGGAUUUGUUCUGCUUCCUGACGGGAAAAGAUGCCAUGAACUUGUUUCCUGUCCGAGCAACGCAUCGGAAUGCGGCCAUGGCUGUGUUCUGACGUCGGAUGGUCCCCUGUGUAUCUGUCCGGAAGGUUCAGUGCUUAAGACGGAUGGGAAAACAUGUAGUGGCUGUUCAUCACCUGAUAAUGGUGGAUGCAGCCAGAUCUGCCUUCCUCUCAGCCCAGUGUCCUGGGAAUGUGGUUGUCUUCCUGGGUACGACCUACAACUGGACCGGAAAAGCUGUGCAGCUUCAGGACCACAGCCAUUUUUACUGUUUGCAAAUUCUCAGGACAUCCGCCACAUGCACUUUGAUGGAACAGACUACAGUACUCUGCUCAGCCAGCAGAUAGGCAUGGUUUUUGCCCUGGACUAUGAUCCUGUGGAAAGCAAGAUAUAUUUUGCACACACAGCCCUGAAGUGGAUAGAGCGAGCGAAUAUGGAUGGCUCCCAGCGAGAAAGACUUAUCACGGAAGGAGUGGAUACACCAGAAGGGCUUGCUGUGGACUGGAUAGGCCGGAGAGUCUACUGGACAGACAGUGGGAAAUCUCUCAUUGGAGGAAGUGAUUUGAGUGGGAAGCACCAUCACGUAAUCAUCAAUGAGAGAAUCUGGAAGCCACGGGGAAUAGCUGUUCAUCCACAGGCCAGGAGACUGUUCUGGACGGACACAGGGAUGUAUCCCCGGAUUGAAAGCUCUUCCCUUCAAGGUUCUGGCCGGAUGCUGGUAGCCAGCUCUAACCUACUGGAGCCCAGUGGAAUCACGAUUGACUACAUAACAGAUACUUUGUAUUGGUGCGACACCCAGCAGUCUGUGAUUGAGAUGGCCAACCUGGACGGUUCCAAUCGCCGAAGGCUUGCCCAGAACGAUGUAGGUCACCCAUUUGCUGUGGCCGUGUUUGAGGAUCACGUGUGGUUCUCGGAUUGGGCUAGCCCAUCGGUAAUAAGGGUGAACAAGAGGACUGGCCAAAAUAGGGUACGUCUCCGAGGCAGCAUGCUGAAGCCCUCGUCACUGGUUGUGGUCCAUCCAUUGGCAAAACCAGGUGCAAACCCCUGCUUACACAGGAACGGAGGCUGUGAGCACAUCUGCCGAGAGAGCUUCGGAACUGCUCAGUGUCUGUGUCAUGAAGGUUUUGUGAAAGCCCAGAAUGGGAAAACGUGUCGAAAGGCUCAUCAGACACUGGCAGGUGACAACGCUGAUCUAGGUAAAGAGGUCAACUUCACUAAGGAGGAAGUAACAGAACACAACAGCACAGAGCCCCAACACACGCUAGUGGCUGAAAUCAUGGUAUCAGAUCAAGACGACUGCGACCCCGGGGGAUGUGGCAGGCAUGCUCGCUGUCUUUCCGAGGGGGAAGCCGCUGGGUGCCAGUGUCUGGAAGGAUUUGCUGGGGAUGGAAACCUGUGUUCUGACAUAGAUGAAUGUGAACUGGGUAGCUCCAGCUGUCCCCGCACCUCAUCCGAGUGCAUCAACACUGAAGGUGGCUACGUCUGCAGGUGCUCAGAAGGCUACGAAGGAGACGGGAUCCACUGUCUUGAUAUUGAUGAGUGCCAGCAGGGGGCGCACAGCUGCGGGGAGAAUGCCAACUGCACCAACACGGAGGGCGGCUACAGCUGCACCUGCUUAGGCCUCCCGUCCGCCCCUGGACUGACUUGCCCUGGCUCUUCCUUACCCUCCAUCCUCGGGGAAGAUGGCCGCCAUUUGGACAGAAACAGUUACCCAGGAUGCCCAGAGUCACAUGAUGGAUACUGCCUCCAUGGUGGUGUCUGCAUGUAUGUUGAAGCCCUGGACAGCUACGCAUGCAACUGCGUCGUUGGCUAUGUCGGGGAGCGAUGCCAGCACCGAGACUUGCGCUGGUGGGAGCUGCGUCAUGCUGGCCACGGUCAGGGACACGACAUCACCACUGUGGCUGUGUGUGCGGUUGCACUGGUCCUUCUGCUCCUCUUGGGGAUCUGGGGCACUUACCACUACAGGACUCGAAAGCAGCUAUCGAAAAACCCGAAGAACCCUUAUGAAGAGUCGAACAGAAAUGGGACCAGUAAUGGGCCUGAGAACAGCGGGGCUGGGAUGUCUUCUUGUCCCCAACCUUGGUUUGUGGUCCUAGAAGAACACCAAGACCCCAAGAAUGAGAGUCUGCCUGGAGCUGGCAUGAAUGGCCCAGCAGUGGAUGCUGGCCUGUCUUCCUCUCUGCAGCCUGGGUCAGUGCAUCUGACUUCAUGGAGGCAGAAGCCACAUAUAUAUGGAAUGGGCACUGGGCAAAGCUGCUGGAUCCCACCAUCAAGUGAGAAAGGACCCCAGGAAAUGGAAGGAAACCCCCACUUACCCUCCUACAGGGAAUGGCCUCUAACUGUGGGGGUGGAGAAGCUGCAUUCUCUCCAGUCAGCCAAUGGAUCAUGUCAACAAAGGGCCCCAGACCUACCACACCAAACACAGCCAGCUGAGCGGAAACUGGAAGUAGACAGAAGGUGAAAGAUCACACCAUGCUGGUCGAUGGGACAUUUUCCUUUAAAAGGUAGAGUACUACAGAUUUGGUACUCCAACCACCAUGGCUAAUCACUGCUCAGUGUCCUGAAGACAGAUGCGUAGCUGUGAUUUGUGCUUCUUCCUUGAAGCAGUCCCACUGAAGACUUCCAAAGAACAGGUGAAGAAAAUCAUUAGAAACCAAAGUCAAGACACGUGUUCUAAGCUGUGUCGUCUUCAGUAGACUGUUUGGUUCUUUGUCUUCUUGGCUCAGACGAAAUGGGUUAAAGCAGGUGAUCACACAUUUUGUUGAUUGCAAAAUAAGUUAUGUGAUCUACAUAGAAGUCUUAGCUCAAUCUCAUGAAAUGGUUGGGACAUUAUGUUGCUAAGAUACGCUUUAGGUAUUUUCUUCACUAUCAGCAUGGCCCACACUCAUAAUUUUGCCUUCUGAAUUGUGACAAAUUAGUGAAAAGAAUUGUAACUUAGAUUUACACGGAAUUAUGUCAUUUAUUUUUAUACUAUAAGAAUCUUUGAAUGAAAAUAUUUAAUUUCGAAAACAUUUCCAAAGAAAUAUCAGUGUUUCUUAACCAUUAUUGUCUUUCCCUUCCUUUCUUGCAGUCUUUUACAGUAA